CACAUCUCUCCAACCACCAUCAGCAUCUCCAUCGUGACGGCAAACUGCCGCCUCUCCAGCCAACGCCCGACAUACAGCAUGCGCCGGUCGACCUCACCGCGACGGAACCUCGAAAGACGCUGACGACGCCCCCUUUUUCCUCGUCUCCUCGCCUCCUCCGCGGCCGAUACUAGACCGCGAUAACUCGUAGCGGUCCGCCCCACGUGGGGCAUCCGCCGCCAUCAUGUUCGAAAAGUCGCUGUACGACCUCAUUCGGGGGCUCCGGAACCACAAGGGCAAUGAGAAGGAAUAUAUCCAGAAAAGCCUGAAGGAGUGCCGCGCAGAGGUUCGGGGUCAAGACAUGGAUCUCAAGGCGACGGCGCUGCUCAAGCUCAUCUACCUCGAGAUGGUCGGCCACGACAUGUCUUGGGCGUCUUUCCAUGUGCUCGAGGUCAUGUCGUCGCCCAAGUACCACCAGAAGCGAGUGGGAUAUCUGGGUGCAGUCCAGAGCUUUCGGCCCGACACCGAAGUCCUGAUGCUGGCUACCAACCUGCUCAAGAAGGACCUCGGGUCGACCACACCGACUGUCAUCUCCCUACCUGUCGCAACCCUUCCCCACGUUAUUACGCCGUCCCUGGCGCUCUCGACCCUGGCAGACUUGCUGCCGCGACUGAGCCACAGCCAUUCGAAUAUCCGAAAGAAGACGCUUGUGACCCUGUACAGACUGGCUCUUGUGUACCCCGAGGCGUUGCGCGCAGCAUGGCCCAAGAUCAAGGAGCGUCUUAUGGACCCUGACGAAGACCCGAGUGUCACGGCUGCCAUUGUAAAUGUGGUCUGCGAGCUGGGCUGGCGCAGGCCUCAUGAUUUCCUCCCCCUUGCUCCCAGGCUGUUUGAGCUUUUGGUGGAUGGUGGUAAUAACUGGAUGGCCAUCAAACUGAUCAAGCUGUUUGCAACCCUGACACCCCUGGAGCCUCGUCUUGUGAGGAAGCUGUUGCCGCCACUCACGAAUAUCAUCCGGACUACUCCUGCUAUGUCGUUGUUGUACGAGUGUAUCAACGGUAUCAUUCAGGGCGGAAUUUUGGGGAAUGCCGAUGAUGUGACAGGAACCGAUGAGAUUGCGACGUUGUGUGUCAACAAGCUGCGAGGCAUGAUUAUGAUUGACGGCGAUCCCAAUCUGAAAUAUGUUGCACUACUGGCAUUCAACAAGAUUGUUAUCACCCACCCCUAUCUGGUGUCACAACAAGAGGAUGUCAUCUUGGAGUGCAUUGACAGCCCCGAUAUCACUAUCCGAAUACAGGCACUGGAUCUUGUUCAGGGUAUGGUUACUGGGGACAACUUGAUGUCCAUUGUGAGCCGCCUCAUGAAACAGCUUAAGACUUCUAUGCCAGUCCGAGACAGGCAACAAACAGGCACUCCCAUGGACCCUAGCGAUUCGGACACCGACAGCUCAUUCGCCGAGUCUGGAGUCAAGUCGCCUGGUCAGACACCUCCUCUCCCGGAUGAUUACCGAAUCGAUGUCAUCGCAAGGAUCUUGGCAAUGUGCGCAAAGGAUAACUAUUCUAGCGUGUUGGACUUUGAUUGGUACAUUGAUGUUUUGACACAGCUCGUACGCAUGGCCCCUAUUUCUCGCAAGAUUGACGCCGAUGCAGGCAUUUCAUCAAAGUCGCGUGCCGAUGUGUCUGAGAAGAUUGGAGAUGAGCUACGCAGCAUUGCUGUGAAGGUGCGAGCUAUGAGACCGGCAGCUGUCAGGGCUUCAGAGGACAUUUUGAACCAACUUAAUGCGGAUACUCCCCCCGGAUAUUCCAUCACCUCAGGGGCUCUCAAGUCGGUCGCGUGGAUCAUGGGCGAAUACGCACCGCAACUUCCCAUACCGGAUGACAACCUGAAUAGCCUAUUGCAGCUCAUACCCCGGGCGACGAACUCUGAGGUGAUCACGACUACCCUCCAGGCUGUCACCAAGAUCUUUGCAACCAUAGUUGGAGAUGAGAUGGAACAAUGGACGGCCGAGAGAAAGUCUAGGGUGUCACUACUCAUGGCCCGUAUCAUCCACGUCUUUGAGCCCUUGCAAUUGAACCCCAGUCUUGAGGUUCAAGAGCGAGCUGUCGAGUUCACAGAGUUGCUGAAACUCACCUCUGAGGCGGCCUCUGGUCAACCCGCUACGACCGAUGAUGUCGAACAGGACCCUCCGUUGCUUCUCACCCAGGCGAUACCGUCCCUUUUCAACGGUUGGGAACUUAACUCGGUGGCCAAGGGGGCCCAGCACAAUGUCCCAGUGCCCGACGGACUUGACUUGGACGAACCAAUCCACGCAAAUCUCGCUAGAUUAUUGUCGGAGGCGGACUCAGUCGCACUGGCAGCAGACGAUUCUGACGAGUUUGAGGUGUACUACCAUCAACGGCCACCACCAACAAGCAUCGACUCCUCUGCGCCGGCCAUUAGCAGACUGACGGAGCCUGCAGAAGAUUAUGUCGGCUCGUACCAGCAAGCGACCGAGGACAGUUAUCUAGAUGCGGACAUUGUUGCGCGAAGAAAGGCAGAGCGUCAGGAACGAAACAAGGACGAUCCGUUCUACAUCCCCAGCCGUACCGCCACUCCCCAAACAUCGACCCCUAUCCACAACAUUCUCCAUACCAGCAACGGCCCCGACCUUGACAUUGACUCUAUACCGAUAAUGCAGUUGGACCUUGACAAGGUCGGAAGCGCCGCGGCACCGCAGCAGCCGCAGCAGCCGAAGCAACAUCAGCGACCACAACAGCGACCUCGACAGAAGGUCGUUAUCGCCGCGGACGAGACUCUAGAGGGCAGCGACAGCGGGUCUGGCAGGCGCACCUACGACUCGGAGAACAACUCGGACAGCUUCACCAAGACCAAGGCGCGCAAGCUCAAGCAGUCGCUGCUCAAGGUGGACUCGAGCAGCAUCCGCACCUUCAACCUCGAAGACCAGCCAGCUGGCGGCUUCGACCAUGAGCGUCAGCAGCAGGAGGAGGCCGAGAUGCAGAAAGCCAUGAAGGAGGUCGAGCGCCUCCGCCUCGAGAUGCAGCGCGCCAACGAGCGCAUCCAUGUUGCGCAGGGCGUCGAUGUCGAGGGCACCGUCGUCAAGAAGAAGAAGACCAAGAAGGUCAAGAAGCCCCUUGACGCUGACGAAGGUGCCGAGGUCAAGCCAAAGAAGACGAAGAAGAAGAAGGCCCGCAUAGUGACGCUUGAUGAGCCUGGCGAUGAUAGCAGUGCCAGGGGCGUAGAUCCGCCGGUGGGAGGUGCAUCGGCCGAGGUGGUGAUUGCCAAGAAGAAGAAGAAAAGGCCCGUCGCCCAGAUUCAGGAGGCGGACUAGCAGUAUAUUUAAGGGGCAACUAUCAGCUGGCUAUAUACAGUCAAGGAUAGCGUACCUAGUUAGGUAGUAUUUAUGGCAAGCCGAUACCUUGAUGCCAGUGCAGGAGAAGGGAAUAAAUGCAACACAUCAAUUCUAUCCACCGUCCCCCGACAUAUUAUUUGACUAUUGGUAUUCGCAUACACUCAAAAUACUACUCGCAUACUGAAGUAUAUAGACCAAUUUCACCAAGAAGUCUUAAUAAUAUAU